CCAUAGCAUUCUCUAAAUUGCGAGUGUGUUUGGAGAGGAGAGACAAAACGCGCUAAAUUGAGAUCUAACUUCUAAGGCUCUGCCUCUGAGACUGAAAGCGUUUGGCAUAAUAAUGCACGUCCCGCAACAGGGUUAGCUGAUUACCGAUUAAACAUUCAGAACUCUGAGUUGAUAUUAUCUUCAGAAAGAGAUGUCGCGGAGACCGGUGAAUCCAUCUCGCGGAAGUGGAUUGUUUUCAUCUUCCAAAUCAAAGUCUUCGCCAGUUUUGUCGGUUGGCCUCAUAGUCCUGGGAGGUCUUUUUCUCGUUUUCUAUUUACACAAGGGAUCAGGUGGAUCUGGUAGCCGUUUAGAGUCUGUUAACAGAGUCGAAGGUGAGUAUUUAUGUACUGAUGAGGUCCAACGAGCAAUUCCGAUUUUGCAGAAAGCAUAUGGGGACAACCUACAUAAAGUAUUACAUGUUGGUCCUGAUACUUGCUAUGUGGUAUCUAAAUUGCUGAAAGAGGAAGAAACUGAAGCCUGGGGUGUAGAACCAUAUGACAUAGAGGAUGCUGAUAGUAAUUGCAAAGCACUAAUCCGCAGAGGCAUUGUUCGCGUGGCCGAUAUCAAGUUCCCUCUUCCAUACAGGCCAAAAUCUUUCUCUCUUGUAAUUGUUUCAGAUGCCCUUGAUUUCUUGUCUCCUAGAUACCUUAACAAGACUCUUCCAGAUUUAGCAAGGGUAUCAGGAGAUGGCAUUGUUAUAUUUACUGGUCUUCCAGGCAACCAAAAGGCUAAGGUUGCAGAUGUUUCUAAAUUUGGAAGAGCGGCUAAGAUGAGGAGUUCAUCCUGGUGGGUCAAGUUUUUCCAACAAAUUAACUUAGAGGAAAAUGAAGCUGCUACCAAGAAGUUUGAACAGGCUUCAAAACAGGGUUCUUACGUUCCAAGAUGUCAGAUAUUCCACCUCAAGUCUCUCAGUUAACUUAAUUACAACAUGGUUCAUUUGUAGAAUUGAGGCUCCUGAUGGAUGCUUCUUCCACCGUUUUAUAUCUGAUAGUCUUUCUUCUUUGAAAGCAAUUCAAUUCUUUGAUAUUUAUUGGUCAUAGAUGUUGUAGCUUUUUGUUGUUGAAUGUAAUAGGUUUCUAUUGUUUGAAAUACCGCACCUUGUGGUAAAGGAUGAAACAGUUAAUUUAUGGGUUGAAUUAUUAGGUGUUCUAAACUUCACAGGGUCUAAUUAUUAUACUCAAAGGCAUUUUUCUCCUUGAGUUAUAAAUUUUAAUCUCGUA